AUGCUAUUUGAGAAAUCUUCAGUGGCAACAAUUGUCUCCAUAGUGUUUGUCACGUUUGUCAUCCUAAUCAGAAUCUUGAUGAAACGGUUUACAGCAGGAAGGAGAAAGACCAACUCAGCCGAGGAAACCGUUACAGGCAUGGAACUAGGAAAUAGAAAAUCAGAUGAUGAAGAAUCAGAUAUCGAUGCCGAAACGAAUAAAGCUAUGAAUGAAGCAGAAGACCUAGCUAAGUGUCCAAAUAACUGUCUCCAGUACAAAGGUCUAAACCCAUUGACUCUGCAUAAAUUUUCAGUAAUGGAGGAUGGUCGUCAUUCUAAACAAUACUUGACCCAUUUGAUUAAAACUGAUGAAAGUAUACACAGACAGAGAGAGCCCGUUUUGAUUAAAUCUGUAAAUGAACUUGAACAUGGGAGCCCAAGUGAAAAGACAAAUCAGUUUAUAAAGUCAUUAUCAAGGCCUCUUGAUGUAGACGAUCGGUCAAAAAUUGUGAGGCUGCAUGAUAGAAAUCUUGAAGCUGAUUUAAGUAACUUUGAACAUAUACAAACUAUAAAUGCACCUCUCCAUACUUUUGAGUCAGAAGAUAGCGGCUAUGUAUACUACUUGAAUAAGUUUAUUGCCCCAAAGCGGUUAGGUGUGAAGGUUGGUGCACGGGUAAUGCUGUUAAGAAAUAUUAGUGAAAUAUAUGUAAAUGGUCUAGUUGGAACAGUUGUUUCCAUAGAGAAUGACUGCAUUCAAGUCUCAUUCGAAGGUAUUGUUUUGAAAAUUACACGGUUCGCAUUCUGUAAAUAUGACCCCCUUACAUCAGUUGUUAUAGCAAAAAGGUAUCAAUUUCCAUUAAGACUGGCUUAUGCCAUUACCAUACACAAAGCGCAAGGCAUGAGUUUGCCUUUAGUAGAAAUUGAUUGUAAGCACGCAAAUUAUCCAGGCCAAAUAGGCGUGGCAGUUGGUCGAGCUGUGUCGUCGGAUUGGCUGAGGGUGUUGAAUUAUUCAAAAUUUAUGUGUAAAAAACACCCGAGCUGUGUUGAUCAAUUUUAUACUAAUAUUUGUCCAGUAGAACAGCCUACAAUAUCUGUAGACUGUUGCCAUGUUACUCGUGAUUUAACAAGUGAAUGCCAAGACAACUCAAAUAUUGAGGACGCUAAUUUUUCUGAUAGUGAGACAGAUGAUCUGGACAUUCUACAUGACAUUGACAACAUUGACUUUAGUGAUCACACUUACAGUAGACCCGAGGACCCACAUCUUGGCACAGACCAUAACUAUGCAUUCUCAGCAAAUGAAACCAAAAUGCAAAUAGAUUUUACAAACUCUUAA